CAAACGCGGCCUAAUUUAAAAAUAAAAAUAAACAUAAACAUAAACAGAAAAAAGCAGCUGAAUUAGGGUUUUAGUAAAAAGCCUUCGUCCCAAAUUCUAAACCCCUGUACCUUGGUCCACAACAAUGGAGCAAAGACUGGCCAAUACAUGGCGUCUUACAGUCAACGAGAAGAAAUUCAUCGAGACGGCUCUGCAAUCCGACCUGCGAAUCGACGGUCGGCGUCCAUUCGACUACCGGAAGGUCACUAUCAAGUUCGGAAAGGAGGACGGGUCGGCGGAGGUACAGCUUGGCCACACCCACGUCAUGGCCUUCGUGACGGCCCAGCUUGUUCAGCCUUAUCGAGACCGACCCAAUGAGGGAACCCUUGCUAUAUACACUGAGUUCUCUCCAAUGGCCGAUCCUUCCUUCGAGCCGGGUCGCCCCGGUGAGUCCGCCGUCGAGCUCGGUCGCGUUAUCGACCGCGGUCUCAGGGAAAGCAGGGCUGUCGAUACAGAAUCACUCUGUGUUCUUUCCGGGAAGUUGGUAUGGGCCAUUCGUGUUGACCUCCAUAUUCUAGAUAAUGGCGGAAACCUUGUUGAUGCAGCAAAUAUUGCUGCUUUGGCUGCUCUUUUGACAUUCCGGAGGCCUGAUUGCUCAUUAGGAGGAGAAGAUGGCCAGGAAGUGAUAGUACAUCCGCCAGAGGUGAGGGAGCCAUUGCCUCUGAUAAUACAUCAUCUUCCAAUAGCAGUAUCCUUUGCAUUUUUUGGCAAUGAGAGCGGCAUGGUAAUAGAUCCAACCCACCAUGAAGAGGCUGUUAUGUGUGGCCGAAUGACUGCUACACUCAAUGCAAAUGGGGAUGUCUGUGCUAUUCAAAAAGCUGGGGGAGAGGGUGUCUUGCAGAGUGUUAUUAUGCAUUGUUUGCGAAUUGCUUCUGUAAAAGCUGGUGAUAUAACAGAGAAUAUAAAGAAAGCGGUUGAUUCAUAUAACAUUGAAAGAGCGUUAAAGAAGGUCAAACGCCAUUCCACCUCUAAACCUAUGGAUGUUGAUGGAGCUGGUUCUAAUUCAAAGGAGAAACACAAUUUUGUCCAUCAGAAGGGUAUCAAUACUGAGAGAUUAAAGCCGGUGGAUGAGGAAAGGAAUGCUAAUCAAAAUGACAACAAGGAGGAUGAAACAAAAUUGUUAGAGACAAACAGGGAAACUAAAGAUGAAAAGAACUUCAUUGGGGCCCCCUCAAGUUGGGAUCCUUACUCAAAGGGUGUUGAUUCGGAUUUCUUGAAAGCUUCUUUAGCUUCACGUGGAAUGUCAACAGCUAAUAGGCAACAAAAGGAUUCAAAAGGUGAGAAAUUGUCCUCUGAAACCAGGCUGGAGGAACAUUCUGAAAGUGUUACUCUGGUAUCUCCACCUAUUGAGGUGGCCCAAGCUGCACAGCAAGCAAAUGGAGAGAAAACUUUGAAAGAUGCUGUUAAGCCCAAGAACAAGAGAAAAAAGAAGAAAUUCUCCGGUGCAAGUUAGACUAAUUCUAACCAUUAACAUUUUUUGUCAUUUGUAUGUAUAUUGUUUCUUGGCGUGAAUCUCUUUUCAAGUUUAAAAUUUUUUUUUUCUUCUCUUCAAAUUCCGUAAAUGAUGAUGCAUUUGAUGCGUUUCGAGAAUUAGAUGACGAACCAACUUAUUAUAGAAAAGGGAUGAAGUAAAAUUUCUUUAUACUCCCUGAUA